AUGGUUUCUGUUCAACCCGGCAUGCAGGCAAACGCCCAACAGGUUCAGGAUGACCUUGCCAAUCUCUUCUCUCGUAACUUGACAUUCAACCCCGACUUUCACGUCUCUGCCCAAAAAGAGACACCAAGACAGGAGCCGACCCCAGCGGCUCCAGUCUCCCAACCCAUUGUGUAUUCGAUUUCACAACACUACCACCACUCCGCACACACUGCGAAGCCUGCCGCUCAACUAUCUGAGAAUCAAGGACAAUACCAACCCCAGAGGCCGUCAUCGGAGCCGCCUCAGAGCGAGAUAUCCCCGAUGGACAUGAUUCUGCGCAGCUACGGCGUAGACCCCGCCGUCUUGACACCAUCCCAGGUUCAACUCUUCCGUGUUGCCGAUGACCCGCAGAAACUUCGCCUGAUCGAGCUUUGGAGCAUUUGUCCUCCCAACAGGGCCGAAGAUAUUCCUUCACUUGCCUGGAGCAGCACGACCCUGGACCAAGAAGAGCAUCUUGCACAAAUGCGAUAUGAGAGGCAACACAACCCCACCAUGAGCCUGGACGGGACCCUUGUCCAAACAGAUAACGGCAAAUGGACUCAACAGGUCUCGGCCGAAAGUGAGCCAUACAUGAUUACCGGGUAUGAAGAACUCAUGCGACGAGAGUAUGAACGUCAGUCCAUUGACACCAAUGCCAGAGAUGUUUACAACCACUAUGGCACUGCCGUGGGCAGCAACAGAUAUUCUAGGUCUACUGACCCUGUGUACAAAGGGCCCGACUAUGACCAGCAACAACAGCAGCUGGAGAUGGCCGUCCAGUACGGUGCUUUUGAACAAUUUAGGAAUGCGUCGAUGCCGGUUGAUGCCAUGGAUGUCAUGUAA